CUGUGAGAACUUGCUUAGCAAUUUUUCUGACCAAAAUGAAGACAGCAAUGGACAAUAACAUGCUGGGAGUUUUGUUCAACAUGUCAAAACCUCAGAUAAGGCGAGCUGUAUCUUCUAUAAGACAAGUCCUGUCCAACAAGUUUGUCCCAAACCACUUGGGUUUCAAACACAUCACCAGAGAUGCUGUGAUAAGUGAGCACACAAGACCUCUUGCUAAGGAACUUUUUUCUCCCACCAUCAACCAAGCCAUACUGGUCCUUGAUGGAACAUACAUAUAUGUUCAAAAAAGUUCACAGUUUUCCUUUCAAAGGCGGUCAUAUAGUAUGCAGAAACAAAGACAUCUGUUGAAACCAAUGAUGAUUGUCACCACCACGGGGUACAUUGUUUCUGCCAUAGGACCAUAUUAAGCUGAUGGCAGAAAUUCUGAUGCCAAAAUCCUCAACCAUAUCAUUGGUACAGACACGGAAGAAAUCAAAACGUGGCUCCAAGAGGAUGACAUUUUGAUAGUGGACAGGGGCUUCAGAGACUCAGCAGGUGUAUUAGCUGAUCUCGGUAUCCAGAUGGAGAUGCCGUCCUUUUUACAAAAAGGACAUAAGCAACACAAAACUGAAGAUGCCAAUAGUUCUCGGUUGAUUACAAAGAUAAGAUGGGUAGUGGAAUCCGUAAAUGCAAGAAUUAAGACAUGGCGCUACUUGGCAAGACAGCUCCCGAAUUCUCAAAUUCCAUAUGUUGGGGAAUAUGUACGAAUCAUCAGUGCUCUCUGCAACAAAUACAGGCCACCUCUUAGCAGUGGAGAUGAAGAGAAUGACUUGCAGACAGCUGCAAAGAUGCGUCACCUCUCUACACAGACUAAUCUGCUGCAGACUGAGGUAGAAUCAAAUAAUUUGCAGAAGAAACGAUAUGUCUGGAGAAGGAUCGAUGACGAGAACAUUGAUGUCUCCGACUUUCCCCGAUAUACAGAAGAGGAAAUCCGGGAACUAACUCUUGGAGUUUACCAAGUUAAGUUGGCGAAACAUUACACCCAGGAACACAUGAGCCAAGAAGGGUAUGAACUUUGGGUCGAUCAUCACCAACCAGGUCUCCUUGCUGUUAAGAUCCAAAGUAGGUAUACAUCAAGCAAAUCCUACCUAUGCUGGAUUAGAUUUGAAGAGGGAGCAGUGACUUUGUGGUAUUGUUGUUGCAAAUCAGGCGCAAGAGUAGUUGGAAUGUGUGCACACAUUGCCAGUGUUAUAUGGUAUUUGUCUUUUGCCAGACACUCCUGCGUAAAUCUUGAACUAAGCAAGAACUGGUUGGACUCUGUAUGUGAUGCAGCCAUUAUUCCUGAGGUUGUUGAUGAAAGUGACAGUGCGUCUGAAGCCACGGAGGAAUGACAUUGAAUGUAUCUAGUUGUAUACUGGGGUAUUUUUGCAAUUCAAGUGUGUUUAUUAUUUGUUUAUUCAUGUCCAGAUUUGUUCACUUGGUGCUUUUUUAAAACCCUGGAACUUGAUGCCACCUUGUUUAAGAUGCAAGUAUAUGUCCUAAAAUUCAUUUUUACAUAAUUAUGUGAAUUUGUAUACAUGUGUAUUAUGCUCUCAUCUGUUAUUCACUUUUUAAAACAUUUAUAAAUUAUAAUUGUGUAAAUUAAUGUACAUAUAGAAUACAUUACUGCUACUCUAAAUAGAUUCAAACAUUUAACUUUAAGUUAAACUUAAUUUAUUUUGUCAGAUUAAAGAUUAAAAAGCUUGCAUCGUAAAUACGUGUACAUGUAGGACAUGUAUAAGUUAUAAUGCCAUUAAUGAUGUAGUUUUUAAUUAUUUCUUUUUUAAAUACUGUUUAUUUUGAGGGCUUCACAAACAAUAUGUCAUUUAUAUCAUUGCCUUUCACCUGACAUUUAUCAAGCAAUCCUUCAUAACUUGUUAUUAAUGGCCAUACUAGGGAAAAUGUGCUUGUAUUACCAUAUAGAUCUGUUGUUGAAUUUCUAGUGCAAAAAGGUCAAAUCUAAUGCAGAGAUGGAUUAUGUGUUUGUUCUUAUUAUCUUUAAUUGUGAAUAAACCUCUUUA